CGUGGAUUGGCCGAUCAACAUUUCUUCUUUUUGCGAAGAGCAUACAGUCAAGCGUCGGGGAAGCAAUCGCGAUAAAGAUCACUUCCUGCUUUCCAACAAUAACCACCAACCAAAUAGCAUAAUGCCAUCAAGUAUAGCCAGACAAGGCACUAAAGCCAUUCACAGUAUCACUCGCUCUUCGUCAGCUUGUACAUCAUCAAAUGCGAUUCGAUCUCCAUGUCUGACGCCAUCCAGCUCGCGAAUGACAUGCGAUAUGAUGAUGGGACAAAGUCGAUCUUUAUCAACAACAAGUGCACUAUCCCGAAACACACCUGCUAGAAGACCGAAAGACCCGCUUGAUUUCGCACCAAAUGCUGUUCGUCAUGCAUUGCCAUCAGGUGAAACAUUAAUCGUUCGUCCCCCUCCAACAGUUGCAAGUCCAAGAUACACUACAAUCGAUCAGGGAGACAUUUCACCCGAACAACUACCUCUAAUUCAACGAAGGAAGACUCAUGCAUACGAAUCGAAUAAACGUCUAAGCGCAGAGGAAAUUGCUGAAAUGCAGAGACUACGUCAAUCGAAUCCUGACGUUCAUACUGCUUUACAGCUUGCCAAACAAUUUGGUUGUUCAGCAACUUUCGUGCGAAUCGUUGCACCUGCUCCUAAGCAAAGAAGAGAAGCCCAUCUCGAACAAACAGUAGUGCAGAGAUCUACAUGGGGACAGAAUAAGACCAUGCAAAGGGAACUACGCAAAGAACGCAGAAGUUUGUGGUAAUUCACACCUCAAACAUAAUUCAACGCACCAGAAUAUGAUGAUAUUUGUAUGCAUAUGUAAUGAUAGCGAUACAAUUUUGGGAUAUAAUAAUAAAAUAAUACAGUACAUCAUAC